UAUACUUCUCUAUUUAUACCUGUUAUGCUUAUGAAAUGCGCCAUGCUAGUAAACUAGAAAAUUUUCGUAUUGAAGCAAGAAAACAAUGGGACUUCUUCCAUGUCUUUGUCCUUUGCCUUGCCAGACAAUUUCAGAAUCUCCAUCUAAAUUUCAAUAUAAUUGCCUUCAAUCAGAUUCGUCAACCUCUUCCCUGUCCUCUCAGCCGAGUCUACCAUCUGUUCCUUCCCUCACCUCGCCCUUUCAACAACAUGAACAACCCCCAGCUACCCACCACCACUGCCUAGCCAGCCUCAGCGCCCACUCCUCCUAUGUAUCCUCUCUCGCUGUAGCCGGAAAAUUCCUAUUCACCGGUUCUUCAAACAGCGAGAUCCGAGCUUGGAGCCUAGUUCCUACUGAGGAGACUUCAACUUAUAACUUAGUAGCCACGGGCAAUGGCGCCGCUGUCAAGUCCCUGGUUGUCUUGGGUGAUAAGCUCUUCAGUGCCCACCAAGAUCACAAAAUCCGCAUAUGGAAAAUCAAUAACAAUACUUCGGAAAAAAGAUACGAAAGCAUAGCCUCGCUUCCCACAAUAAAUGACCGUUUCAUUAGAUGCUUCUCCGCUGACAAUUACGUACAGGUGAGGCGACACAAGAAGCGCACGUGGGUACAUCACGUUGAUACUGUAUCGGCACUUGUGAUUUCCAGAGGUGGUCCUCUUCUCUAUUCCGCUUCAUGGGAUCGAACGUUCAAAAUUUGGCGAACAACCGAUUUCAGGUGUUUGGAAUCUGUCAAGAAUGCUCACGACGACGCCAUCAAUGCUUUAGUAGUAUCCGAUGAUGGGUUUAUUUACACAGGUUCAGCGGACAAGAAAAUAAAGGUAUGGAAAAAGCAUGCAGAAGAGAAAAAACAUUCACUUGUCGCGACUUUAGAGAAACACAAGUCAGCUGUUAAUGCUUUAGCACUUAGUUCUGACGGGUCUGUACUGUAUUCCGGUGCAUGCGAUCGGUCUAUUUUGGUAUGGGAAAGAGAUUAUAAUGUUACAGGCAAUGGCGGUGAACAUAUGGUGUUGAAGGGCGCCCUUAGAGGGCAUAAUAAAGCGAUCCUGUGCUUAGCGGCUCUUUCGAGUUUGGUUUGCAGUGGAUCAGCUGAUAAUACAAUUAGGAUUUGGAAAAGAGGAAAUGAGAAGGGUUAUUCUUGUUUAGCUGUUCUGGAAGGCCACAAAAGGCCGGUUAAGUGUUUGACAGCGGUGGUUGAUAGAGAUAAUGUAAUUGAAAAUUCUGAGACCGGUACCUCUUAUCUGGUUUAUAGCGGCGGUUUGGAUUGUGACAUUAAGAUCUGGCAAAUAUGGGUUCCAAUAUUUCUUCAAAACUUAUAGCAUAUUGAUGUUUUGGCGAUCCUCUGUGUGUGUUUAUAUACCGUAAAAUUUUUCUUCUUUUCUUUUCUUCCUUUCUGUAAAUCAUCAUUCUAUGCGCUAGAUUGAAUUGUAUUAGUCUUUGUAUACAUCUAAUACUCUGAUGGUUGAUUCA